UCAGAACUUAUAAGAAAAAUUUCCUUACCUUUUUUUUCAUUGCUUUGAGAAAACCAGAAUGAACGUCUCCAGGGUUUUUCUAAUUUUUAUAAGCGCAAUUCAGCUGACUUCUUCCAUGAAAGAUUGUAAAACAGCCCCUAAAGAUGUUGUGUUCUUGUUGGAUACAUCUGGAUCUGUUGGACUUUUAAAUUUCAAUAUGACGCUGAAAGCGAUAAAAUCAUUUAUUUCAAUGUUUGACAUCGGUCCAAGAAACACCAGAGUAGGGAUAGAAACUUUUGCUACGACUGUUAAUCACCAAUUUGCUUUAGGUGACCAUCAAACUGUAGCAUCUUUGAUAACAGCCAUUGAUAAAAUACCGUAUCAGACUGGAGGUACCCAGAUCACUACUGCACUAGCAUAUGCCGCAACCAACAGCUUCAACACUGGCGGAAGAAGGCUUGCUGAUAAAAUCUUGAUACUAGUAACCGACGGUAGAUCGUAUGACAUAAACAGUACGGUCAUACAGGCCAAUAAUUUGCAAAAGCAGGGAAUAAAUGUAUUUUGUCUUGGAGUUGGGGCGUAUGUUGAUAUAGAAGAACUCCAAGUCAUCACAAAACACAGAAGCCGUGUUUUGCAGGUUCAAGAUUUCAAUACUCUUUCUCAUUUCAUUGGAAAUUUUCGUUCAACAGUAUGCAAAGAAUUAAACCAAGUCAUGACAAACUUAAUUGCGUCACCACAUACAACAACCUUGAGAACAAAUCCACCAACAACUUCAAGAACAACGAUGAAAACAACAAUAAGAAGAACAACACCCACCACGACAUCAUCAACAAAAACCACAACAGCAGUUACUACUCCAACGACAACAAAAAGAACCCCACCACCAACUACAACAUCAACAACAACAUCAAAACUGCCAACAAGAACGACAAGAACAACAGUACUACCAACAAUAAUACUAACUACAGCAAAAAGAAGGCCACUAACUACAACAUCACCAACACUGCCUACAACAAAGAUAACUACAACAUUGCCACCACCAAUACCAACGACAACAUCUCCGCAAAUAAGAUCACGACCAACAACAACAUUAUCACCACAAAAAACAACAUCACAAACAUCUACAAGUAAAGCUCAAAAAACCACCCCCUUUUACUUAAAAGAAGCCUUUCACUGGAUAGAAUACGUGGAGGUAGGAAUUCUAUCCUUGGUAACCGUCGUUGUUGUUGGAUCUCUCAGCUGCUUUUGUCGAUUUUGCUUUUUCUUCCUGAAAAAGAGAGAGGACGACUCAGAGGAACGGAAGCCACGAAGAAAACCAUGCAAACGCCCGGCUGGGUGGCCAACAUAAGUGCUGCUGCACUUGAAUUCUUAUCAACAAUAAAGUAACGUGGUAAAAAGAAACUUUUUUAAAAUCUCCAUACAUGUACAUUGAAAAUAUAAAAUAAUAAAGCCAAUGUUCAU